AUGGCAGUUGUUACUACUGAGCAUUCACCGUCCAGGGUUCUAGGAUGGAUGCCGUUCCUGGGUGCACCACCAUCGCGGCGAGUACCAGUCCCCCGCGGGAUCCGCGCCGUCGUGCUCCUUCUCUUUACGCUGGCGAUCCAUGUGGCCCGCCUCUCCCGCGUUCACUAUCGAGUCGAGGCGGAGCACUGCUCAAAAAGCGGCUCUGGCAGAGCUACAUCAAUGCAUGAUGUUGGGGACGCCGAUGGUGCCGCAACCGCGGCGGCGUUCUCGCGUGGUCUCGACGCGCUGGCGUCGUGGGAAGAGGAGGCGGCGCUGCGCAACGGGGAGCAAUGGUGGCCGAACCCCCAGGAGCGGCACCCGGCGAAUCAGCAGCACCCUGAAGAUUCGCGGGUUAUUCGCGUGGCUGCGGUUACUACCGUUGACGGUGCAGUGACAUUUCACCACAAGCAAUUGCGAACAUCGCAAUUUCGAGUCGUGCCGCUUUCCCCGCCGCCAGCAGCAGCAGGCAACCUGACGUGGGAUGACUUUUACCCGGAUGUUGGUAUCUACGAACCCUUCAAUUCCACCUGCCCUACUGUCCCCCGAGCGCCAUGGGAGGAGGACGGGGAAAGCGAUGACGUGGCAGACGCAAUGGUGGCGGUAGUUCCGUGUCGCCCGGAGAGCAACUCGAUGGCGAGGGACGUACGAUGGUUACAGCUCUUGCUGUCGAUUGCGCGAUUCGCCAGUAAGUCCCAGCGUCCGUGGAUGCCCAUAGUCAUCGUGUCGCCCUGUCGCCCGCCGCUCAACCUCUUCCAUUGCAACUUCCUCGCGCGGCCGGAACCCGCCGCGCAAGCCGCUACGCUUGGCAUCGUGGGCGCCGGGCCGGAGGGCGACGUGUGGGUAUACAACGUGACGGCCACCGACAUGCGCGAGCGCAUCCAACCCCACGGGUCGUGCGCCAUGGCGCAACCCACCGGGGGCGCCGCCGCAGCCGCUGCGCAUUCCCCCUCCGCCGCACCUCCGCGCUUCGCGUUCGUGACUGUACUGCACAGCAAGGACGACUACGUCUGCGGCGCCAUCGUGCUCGCGCAUGCCCUCCGCACCACCGGCCUCGCGCUGCCCCCCGCGCUCGUCGGCGGCUACGCAAACACCAGCGCCAACGCCAGCGGGGGGGCGGCGCCGCGUGCGGAGGCGGAGCUGGUGGCCAUGGUGUCCGCGGAGCUGAGCGCGGACAGCCGGAAAGGACUUGAGGCGGCGGGAUGGCGCAUUGUGGAGAUCGAGCGGGUGAGGAGCCCGUGGGCCAAGCCGGGUCAACACAGCGAGUACAACUUCAGCAAUCUGCAGCUGUGGGGGAUGACAGAGUACAAGCGAAUCGUGUACAUAGACUCGGACUUCCUCCCCUUCCGCUCCCUCACGCACCUCUUCCUCUACCCGGAGCUCUCGGCGGGCGGCAACGACGACUUCCGCUUCAAUGGAGGCAUGAUGAUCAUCGAGCCCUCGCUCUGCACGCAGGCGUUUCUCAUCGCCAACAUCCGCUACUUGGUGUCGUACAACCGCGGAUUCCAGGGCUUCAUAAACAACGCAUACCCCUGGUGGCACCGCCUACCGGACUUCACCAAUCUCCUCAAGCACAAGCCACUCCACGGGCACGUCCAUCCCGACGGGGGCCUGGCCGCCCAAAACGCUCUCUUCGCGUCCGACCCGCCCCAGAUGUCCACGAUUCAUUAUCUCGGCCGGAAGCCGUGGGUGUGCUUCCGUGACUUUGACUGCAACCUGUCGGCGUCGCUGCACGACCUCAAGUUUGUGAAUGACGUGGCGUUCCAGCGGUGGUGGGCAGUGCAUGACGGGAUUGAUGAGAGGUUAAAGCCGUGGUGCUGGAUGAGUGAGGAGAUGAAGCAGGCGAUCUGGAGGGGCAUGAAGAAGCGCAGGCAGGAUGGGGCAGCUGCCUCAUGA